AUGACUAUUUUAGUCACGGGAUUUUGGGAAAUAUUACUUGACUCUUAUGAACUCAAAGCCGGGACUACUAUAUCUUGGCUUGAUUUUCUUCACACUGGCACUAGGCAGGAAAACUCAGCCUCGUUAGAUAUAGAAGACCAUACCUAUCAGCUAGACAUAUUCACAAUCAUCGGUGAGACUAGUAUCGAGGAAUAUAUUGUUCCUAUUUUUUCGUUGACCUGUGUUUUUGAUUUGAAGCUGUCCAAGCCAGGGAUCGAUCCCGAAUCACUAGUCUCACCUGAAAGUUUCGUAGAAGUGCCCUGA